AUGCCCCUAUUUCGAGAUCCGGAUCGGAGGCGUCAUUAUCUAUGGUCGCCCGACCAUGGCAAUGGUGAACAACCGACCACAGGGUCCUCGCAGCUCCAGCUAAAUGAUCUCAGUCACAUUGAGGGUGAGGUAGCUGCUCCAGAAAUGACAACCAACUCUAUGCAUUCAACGGCGUUGAAUCCGCCUAAGUCGUGGGCGAAUGAUCGGGAGGAGCUCAUCCACCGUAUCAAAGAAUCUUCGCCUUGGAGACUUCAACAUAUGUCCCCGGAUAAGGACAACAAAGAUUUAUUUAUAUCUCAAACUUCACGGGAGCAGUCCCAAAGAGCAGCAAGAGAGUAUGGAAGCCACUCUCUCAACGAAGAACGUCAUGUCAAUGCGACAGAGGAACUGGGAUCGCCGGCCGAUAUCCAGAGACCUCGGUCAGCGUUACACUCCGGUGAUUUCAGGGAAGGUGCCACAGAUUCUCAUGACUCACACGCUCCACGGUCUCCCUUUACUGACCGGAGCUUGGCUUCUCCAUUUGCUCAUUUGAGCUCCUCGCCCACUACUCCUUGGUUCGGAGCACAGGCGUUGCCCUCCGGUUUACGAAAGACAGGUACAUCGAAUGAACACCUUCAGUCCGAUGUUAUCCUGGAUGCUCGCGCUGGUGCACCGUCGGUGGGCUCAUUCUCGUCAAGUUAUGUUCUGAAAGCUCCUACCAGUCCUCUGGUAUACCAAGCGAAUAACACCGACUUGGACUUUUCGUCCCGUGUUGACCAUGUGGACGUUUUGGAACAUUUAGACAGAAAAAACCGCCGCCGUACUUUGCCACCAGAGACCUUCCGCAAUCUCCAAUUCUCCUUGCCAAGCAAUCAAAUUCUCAACCCUAACGGUCCAUCUCCACCCAAACGGCAGCAUGAUGUCUUCACAAAUCAAACAUCUUUGCCUCGCCGGUCAUUGACUUCAUCGUAUAGUCUUCAACUUGCACCGACCCCCGGGGGGCAGAUCCCACCAUCGCGAGUAAGACGGCCGUCCUUCGUCUCUGACAUCUCGUCAAACCAUCACGCGCCGAUGGUGGGCUCUUACGAGGAAUCGAUAUUACGCGGGAGAAUGUCAAUGAAUCCUUCCAAGCCGCUAGAUUUCACGGCUCAGAUUGGUGUCCUAGGCAAGGGGAAUUGCAAAGGUCAUCUAAAAUGUCCGCCACAUGUUACAGUGCCAUUUCCGGUUGUCUUCUACAGUUAUCCGACCUCCGGGUCCGGCCGCUCAAUCUCAGAUGACAAUCCAAGUCCCUAUGUGGGACAGAUUGACCUGGAAAAUUCCCUACUAAAAGGAAAUUCCAAUCCGACUAGACGUCGCAGGCGACAUCCAAGUCUGACGGAACCCCUAGAAGGCAUUCCCGCCACAGGUGGAGCAAAUGAUACCCCUGCAUGUGCUGAAUCACGACGCCACCGAGAAAAGAAGAAUCGCAGGUCAGAAUCGCCUAAAUGUCCCCCGGGGGGGUCUUACCGCAUUCCGCAACAAGGUCAACUACAAAUCAUAAUCAAAAACCCGCACAAAACCGCGGUAAAGCUUUUCCUAGUUCCAUACGACCUCGGUGAUAUGGAACCAGGCACAAAGACCUUCAUUCGGCAACGCAGCUAUUCGGCAGGUCCGAUUAUCGAUAUGCCGCUCAGUGCACGGAAAAAUUAUGGGACCGAUCGCCCUGAAGCUUCCUUGAAUCCCACAGAAGACCCUCAGGACAAACCCACGUUACGAUACCUCAUUCAUCUAAACAUCUGUUGUCCCGCGCGCGGUCGCUUUUAUCUACAUUCGACUAUUCGCGUGGUAUUUGCAAACCGCGUUCCGGACGGCAAGGAGAAACUACGGAAUGAGAUCCAAAAUCCUGAGCCUCGAUACAGCCCGUACAAGCCCUCCCGAGAGUCUUCCAUCUCGAGCACUGCGAGCGCAAAUACGCGCCUGGGAACUGAACAAGCGUCUCGCAGACUGAGUGUGGGCCAGGGAGCGACCCCUCGUCUACACCCACAUGUAUCAAGCGGGUUCCCCUCACAGCUAGAUGCGCCAAGACCCGUGGAUGUUACAGGUGGCCCUGAAAAUGAUGCUCCCUCGCAUAGUGUGUCUCGGUACAACGAGCUCACCGGAGGCGACAAGUCUUACGAACGUCAUGCUCGUAUCUCGAAUCCGAUCGUCCCAGAAUCUGGCGAGAGCCUUCUUGCCAAAAGACUCCGAGGCCUCGAUGUGCACAGGUCGGAGUCCACAGUAGAUGAACGACAUCCACGCAAAUUGGGCCUUUAUGAUCGACCAUCUCCUACCCACAGCCACCAUCCUCGCUGA